UCAGAAGCCUCGUAUUAAGAUAUAUUCUCUACUUUCACCGUCCUUGCACUGUUAUCCUACACACCUCUGCAUCUGUUUACGUUUAAAUGUAUUGCAUGUAAAUUUUCUAGGUCACAGCUAAGGUAAAUAAGAUAAACGCGUCUUAAAUCAUAUGAUAUCAUAACACAGUUUAAUUAUUUGUUCUUGUGAAGAAACUGGGGGCAGGAGUCCUUUGGGAAGAAGACAAAGCCAUCUCUUAAUUUAAGAGCUCCAGCCUCUCUACCUCCUCUAUUUAAAAGCUUUUGAGGUUGCAGAGAGUUGAAAAGAAAAGAGAGAAGCGUAGAAGAAGAGAGAUUGAGAUAUAUACUUGUUUGUAGAGAGAGCUGCUAGAAAUUGUUAAGAAGAUGGUUUCUAGAGAGCACAAGAAAGCUGCUGCGGCGCUGCAUGAGAAGCUGCAGCUACUUCGCUCCAUCACCAACUCUCACGCACUAAAUGAAACCUCAAUCAUUGUAGACGCGUCAAAGUAUAUAGCAGACCUGAAACAAAAAGUGGAUAGACUGAAUCAAGAUAUUUCCACCGGCCAGAGCUCGAGUCACAACCAGAACUCAUGGCCUGUGGUUGCAGUAGAAACCUUAGAGAAAGGCUUUCUAGUGAAUAUACAUUCUGAUAGGACCUGCCCAGGAUUGCUUGUACCGAUAUUGGGAGCUUUUGAAGAACUUGGGCUUAUUGUAUCGGAAGCUAGGGUUUCUUGUAUAGACAGUUUCAGAUUGGAAGCCCUUGGCGGAGAAGAUGAAGAAAUCGGAGAAAGCAUCAAUGCACAAGUAGUGGAACAAGCAGUUUCACAGGCCAUCAGAAACUGGAGAGAACUCAACGAUCAGGACUAAAGAUGAUGACAUUGCAAUAUAUACCAUAUUUUGUUUCCCAGGUCUCUUUGUUUAUAUAUUAUAGCUCUUAAGUUGGCUAUAAAUGUCUUGCCUACGGCCGAAUUGGUUAAGUUUAAGUUAGGUCCUAAUAAUAUGUGAUGCAUGGUAGGAUCAACUUGAUGAUCAAUGAUCAUAGAUAUAUUUGGGUCAAGCUGAAGAUGAAUUAAUCAAGAGCAACAAAGUAAGCCAACCCAAGCCGGGCUUGACAACUUUUGUUGACAAUAUGUAUAAUGCAAAGCAUUUGCAUAACUUUCUUAUCAUCUUCAAGCCAUGUAAAUUAAUUAUUAAUAUGUUUGUUUAAUUUGCAUCUUUGAAUUAAUUAUUUCUUGUUAA